AACGCCACUGAUGAACAUGGAAAUGAGAUUGAAUACGUGAUUCAAGCAGAAUAUAAAUCGAUUAUGUUAAAAGAUUUAAAAAGUGUCCGAAAAAUAGACGUGUUUUUUUUUUAUCCCCGCCCUCAACAUUCCUGCGUCCUAGAAGGGGCGUGGUCAAGUAAAGCAACAGAGAAAACUCGAGCUGUGAUCUGUUUUAUGAUCAGGAGCAGAUCCUUUAGGAGAAUCCGCGAGAUCUGGUUAUUAAACAACGGGAGUCAAGGGAAAAAGUGGCGUUUACUGGAUCCAUCAGCAUCCACUUUGGAGUGUGUGGUCAAGUUUGAACUGACAGGAAGCCAGUCUUCUUCUAUUUCCUAUAUAAACACACAUAGAGAGAGAGAAGGAUCUACUUAGAUCUUCUUCUUUCAAAACCCUCAGCAUGGAGAUACUGGACAGCACCGAGUCGUAUUUACACUGGGACCGGAACCUGAGCGAGUUGUCCGAGUCUGCAGAUCAUGACAGUGUCCUGUACAGCACACACUUCACCGAGCUCCUGGAUGACCUGUCUCAGGAGGCGCUGCUGGGCCAGCUGCUGAGCGACCCCUUCCUGUCCGGGAGGAGCGAAUUGAUUGACAUGGAGGAGGACCUGAGUCCAGCCUCUCCUCCACCUCCUCACAUCCAGACCGAGCACAGUUACUCUCUGAGCGGAGAUUCACGUCCUCAGUCGCCCCUCAUGCAUCUGACCACAGAGAAAGCCUCCAGUGUGCCCGGAGAGUCAGAUGUCGAGGACUGGCCCAUGGAGCAGGAGCAGCAGCAGGAGGAGAUGGAGGAGGACGAGAAGUUGGAGACUUUACUGUGUGAUUCUCCUACCCUGCUGCCUACAGUGACGCUUACGCUUACGGUGGAACCCGCGAACAGUGCUUCCCUCUCAAAUGCCACAAAAACGCUCAGCACACAGGUAAAGGAGGACGAGAGCUUCGGUCCACAGAUCAAACUGGAGCCUCAUGAAGUGGAUCAGUUCCUGAAUCUUUGCCCUAAAGAGCUUGAGGCUUUGCAGAUGCCCCCGACCCCUCCCAGCUCUCAUGGUAGUGACACAGAGGGCAGUCAGAGCCCUGUGCACCCCUGCACCCCUGCCAGCCCCACACACAACCCAGCUGUCCUCAAGGUGGCGCAGCGUCCGACUGCUUCGAUGACGAAUUCGCUGUCUAACUCGCCCCUGCUUACUGCUCCUCAUAAGUUGCAGGGCUCAGGGCCGCUACUGUUGACGGAAGAGGAGAGACGUACUCUGAUCGCGGAGGGAUACCCCGUUCCUACCAAGCUGCCUCUGUCCAAAUCUGAGGAGAAAGCCCUGAAAAAGAUCCGCAGGAAAAUCAAGAAUAAGAUUUCUGCUCAGGAAAGUCGCAGGAAAAAAAAAGAAUACAUGGAUGCCCUGGAGAAAAAGGUGGAGACGUGUUCCAAUGAGAACAGCGAGCUGCGCAGGAAAGUGGAGAACCUCGAAAGUACCAACAAGUCUUUACUGCAGCAGCUGCACUCCCUGCAGGCCUUAGUAACAGGAAAAGUCCCUCGCUCAUGCAAAAUGGCCAGCACUCAGACCUCCACAUGCCUCAUGGCCCUGGUCCUGUGUUUCGCCGUGUUCCUGGGUAGCUUCUACGAAGGCCUAACCCCCUGCGCCGCCGUCGCCAAGACUGAUCUGUCCAGAGAGCUGAGCGUGCUGGAGUCGUACACUACUACAGUGAAAUCAAGAAACCUGCUGACCAUUGAGGAGCAUGGUGUAGGAGACGAGCUCCGUCUGUCCGGCCUGGGAGGACAAUAUCCAGAGUGGGACACCCAGACUAACGACAUGGCCAUGUGGCGCCUGGAGCAGCAGCGGCGCCUCACACAGGCCACGCCUCCGACUCCAGAACCCAGCCCACCUUUCGCUCAAAACAACGGUACCACCAGCACACAAAAAGCCCUUCUCAUCGACCUGCACACGCACAGGUCGGUGGAGACCCGAUCGAACGAAAGCCCAAAAGUCAUCGAGUUGGAGAGAACGGUGAACGAGCCGGCAUGAGGACGGCUGGACCUCCUCGAGCUCCUUUUUUUUUUUUUCUGGAGAAGACACGCCCCCUUUUUGUUGUAUUUAUAGACUUGUCUUUUCAUACUGUUUUCUUUUUUUUUAUGAAAAAAAAAGAUUUAAAAAAAGGAAUAUCAUAUCAUUCCAUCAUUAUAUAUUAUAUUACAUUUUGAUACUACAUUUAAUUUUUUUUUCCUCUUCUGUAUGAUGUACGUAUGUACUGAUGAGUUUGAUUGUGAGUCAGGAAAGACAUGAAAAAAGGUCAGACUCCACCUGUAUGUAUUUUGGAUUGGUCUCCUGUCACUCAUUAUAUAGCCACGCCCCCUGCUUUCAAGUGAAUUUUUCACGUUGACUUGUCAUGAGCUGUAACCUGGAAUGGAUCACCAGCUAAAUGUUGACCUUGACUGUCCUCUAUAGUGAUGAUUGUUGUACUGUUAUAUUUUUAGGGGUGGAGCUUGGUGUACAUUCAAAUCUUAUAAUAACUCUACCCAUUUAAACUUUAAAGAAAUUUUUCCCACAUUCUCCACAUAUCUAUUUAAACAUCUGGUCCAUCAGGACACCAGUCUGUGUCUCGUCAUGUGUCCAAUCAUUUUUUAUAUUAGAAUUUUUUUUAAAGAGGAAAAAUGAUCAUUAGCUUGUCGCAAAGGAUUGGACUAGCGAGAUGUUAGAAAGCGAUUCUAUAUACAUAUCUAAAUAUUUUUCUAACGAUUUUCUGCCUUUCGAAAAGAUGUGCUAGGUUUGUCCUCCGCCAUCACAGCCUGCACUGCUUUAAGCUAUUUUGGGUUCGAACGUGUCCUGAGAGCACCCGACGUUGCGAUGCCCAGAAUCUCACCUGCACUGUAUCUCCAAAGAAUCGAUGUAUUUAUUAUAUUUUUCGGUAAUGUUUUUUUUUUCCCUAAUAUGCUGCCACGUGGUUUUAUUUUUUAAACUAUUUUUUUAUUCGUUAAAAAAAAAAUUCCAUUUUGGACGCCAUCUAUGAUUUGUUUGUUUUCUAUUACAGUUCCAGCUUAGAGAUCCUGUCUUCUUUUUUUCCCUUUAUAUGAAGUAAAUAUUUUCCUUAGAAAAGCA